AUGCUGUUGCGCUGGGCAGCCCUGCUCGGGACGCUCUGCAUCGGGAGCCUCGGGUGUCCCGAAAUCGUCUCCCGCGCCCAGUGGCGGGCGGCCAAACCCCGUUGCCAGAAGCUGUUGGGGACACCGGUGGACACGGCCAUCAUCCACCACACGGAGGGGACGGCCUGUUCCUCCUCCACCAGCUGCCAGCGCGUGGUGAAGGCCAUCCAGGACUUCCACCAGGGCCCCCAAAGGAAGUGGUGUGACAUCGGCUACAACUUCCUGAUCGGCGAGGACGGGCGGGUGUACGAGGGCCGCGGUUGGAAGACCAUGGGAGCCCACGCGGGAUCCAAGGGGAACUGGCGAUCCCUCGGCAUCGCCUUCCUGGGAUCCUUCGGCUCCCGGGUCCCGAACGCCAAGGCCCAGGCCGCCUUGCGGAGCCUCCUCUCCUGCGCCGUGAGACGGGGCGCCCUCCGGAACAACUACGCUCUCAAAGGGCACCGCAACUUCAUGUCCACCUCCUGUCCCGGCCAGUCUCUGUACGACCUCCUCCGCCGCUGGCCCCAUUUCCGGGCCUAA